AUGGAUGAACUUACAGCGAAGCUUGCUAAAGUAACUGUAUCGGAUGGGACGAAUACCGGCACGGAUCCCAAAUCCCAGUCCCAGCCUAGAAAGAGAUGUGACUCACGGAAGCCUACGAGUAGCGACACUGCUUCCACGAAUACUAAAGCAGCUAGAGCCGACUUAUAUGGGAGUGUCAGCUCGCUGACAGCUGAAAAUGUCCGAACUGGAACACAAACAGACGAUUCAUUUCAUCAAAUACAGGCGGUCCCGACUGAAUUGGAAAAGAUUCAAGCGAAACUUUAUGAAACAGGAGCUUCACUGAAAGCUGUAAGAUUGGAGUAUGCGCUUCAGAAAGAACAUCUUUGUAGCGCCCAGGCAGACCUGAAAAAUGCGAAGAAGAGCGCCGAAGACCUGAUGGAGCGUCAACGCCGACGGAAAACUGUCCACGACCUCCAAUUUCGAAGAUACACGAUCGACUCAGAGCCUGGUUACGCCAAGUUUGACUUGGUGCAAACAUUCAGUACAAAGCCCAAGUAUGGUCCGGGCCGAGCCGUUGUAGCGUUUAUGGAGAUUGGUGGAAAGAGGUAUCUGGCCCAGAAUGGUCUGCACCCUGCCACGCCAGAUGGCUUCAUAUCUGGACAAGUUUAUUCCAAAAAGGCUUCCGAACUAUUCCGGACUCUAGGGACUGAAGGCAAAGAAACGAUAUUCCAGCACGCCGAGCCACAGCUCAUGGCGCUAUACGUAGAGCAGUUUUGCAAUACUGACCUCACCUUCGAGCAGUUCAAGGAUAAGUUUGCUGCCAGUUGGCGUACUGAGCUAUUGGAGAUAGAGAUAUUUAUCAGUGAAGCUGCAUGUUGGUAUUGUAAGAGGCUCUCGGAAAAGGUGAAUGGGACGGCGGAGGAAUAUGGCUUUCGUUUCUUGCUUGAAGAUAUAUCAAUAAAUAAAGGACCAUGUGUAUGA